UCUGAAAAAUAUUACAGAAAUUCGAAUCCCCAAGGACAAGAUUCUCAAGAAAUGGCGUGAAGCACAAUCGCGGGCUAAAUUCGAGGCCGCCCGAGCCGCCAUCAUCAAUUCCCUGAAAACCAAAUUCAGCACAGAAACUAACACAAAUGUCAAAGUAAUCCCUACAAUUAUUACCGAAGACAAUGCUGAAACAUCAAAUCUGAAUGUAAAUCGUGAUAACGCGACGCAGACGACUUUGAGACUUUUGCCUGCGAGGGAAGGUUUGACAACGCCGCGGAGCGCUCGGGCUCCGGUGGCGAGGAGGACUGGGACGCUCCCACAUCAGCGAUUGAGAAGGGAGAAAUCGCUAGACAGUCCACCGGAGAUGGAUUCCCCAGGCGGCAGCGUAAGCAGUGACUUGCGGCGGCAGAAUGAUGAGCUUCGCGCUCGUUUGGCCGGCGAAGCAGCGGACCAUAGGCGUCGGCUUGAUGCAUACCGCCGCGCGCAGCAAGGGCAGGCAGCGUUGGUAUCGAGACUCCAAGCAAAGGUGCUACAAUACAAGCAGCGAUGCUCAGAGCUUGAGCAGCAGAUGCAUGAGACGACGCCGCGCAGCGACAGCUACCGCGCGAAGCCUGCGUCCGCCGUCGCGCUGCCGGCGCCGGCCGCUCUGCCGUCCGCCUCCAGCUUGGACACUCGUCGGGACGAGCGCAUCGCUGAUCUCGAAACUGCUUUGAGGCGGUUGGAUGAGGAGAAAUUCAAGUGUGAAAAGCUGGUGAACCAGAACAACCUGCUACGAGACCAGCUCGAGGAGUCCCAUCAGCUCAAUGAGGCAUUAACUAAUGACUUGCAGAAGCUCACCAAUGACUGGGAGGCUCUCCGGGACGAGAUGACUGUCAAAGAGGAUGAGUGGAAGGAUGAGGAACAGGCAUUCAACGACUACUACACCAGCGAGCACAACCGCCUGUUGAGCCUCUGGCGCGAGGUGGCCUCCGUGAAGCGUUUCUUCUCCGAGCUGCAGUCGACCACGGAGCGCGACCUGUAUCGAGUAAAGAACGACUUCGAGUCGGCCACGCGCGAGCUUGUGGGCACGCUCAGUGGGUACGCUAUUAAUGCGUAUGCACAGGGAGUGAGGCCUCAAACCGACCACCACUCAACGCCAGGCGUGACGUCAACUCCGAACAUAACAGUGGAGACUUUGCGAAUAGAUCUGCGCGAAGUGACGUCACAGCGCGACGCGGCGCAAGCCGAGCUGCGCGAGCGAGACGCGCGCAUACAACGUCUGCUGGGGGAGCUGCAGGGGUUGGAGGAACGUUACGAGGUUGCGGAAGCUAUGUGCUCCGAAGCGAACGCCAUGCGGUCCGCGUUGGAGGAAGUGGCUCGAGCGCUCAUACAGGACUCCGAAGCUGACGUGCCGUCGCAACAUCUGCAUAUAGCUGACAGCAGCAGGUCCCCGCGUCGAGGCGUGUCGCAGGCGGCUAACGCGACAGCGUUCGCGGAAAGCACCAUCUCGGCCGUGCAGGCCGCGCUGCACAAGUACCAGAUACAAAUACACGAGCUGCAGGUGAAACUCCAGAACACGCGGGAGCAGCUGUCAACGAGCCGCAAGCACUGCGAGGCCGCCGACGCCAACAUACACACGCUGGAAAACAAAGUGCAGGAUCUGCAAGCCAAACUGGACCAGGCGAACGCGGACCUAAACCAACUGGCACAAGACAAGGACUCGCUGCAGAAGUCUGUGGAGUCACUGCGCAUCGACAAAAACAACCUCGAGAGGAACCGCAUAGAGAUCAACGCCAUGGUGGAGUCAUUAACGUCAGACUACGAAAAGCUGCAGAAGAUCAACGCGCGCCUAGAGAAGACGAUCGAAGCGCUAGAGACGGACAAACGGAAUCUGAACUCUGAGGUGGACCACCUGCACCGCGAGUCUACCAACCGAGAGUCCAUAUUGAGGGCUGAAGAGGAGCGUUCAUCUCGGCUCCGUUCGGAACUGGUGACCGUCCGUGAGGAGCUCAACAAGACCUCGCUGGCGCGCGAUUUGCUGGAGCAACAGAAGAUAGAGGCGGACUCCAUCAUGUCGCAGGUGGACAAGCACAGGAAUGACUUGGAAAUAGAGCUUGAGAGAACGUUAUUAGAGAGAGGCGACCUGCAAGAUCUGGUAGAGAAGUUGCAAACGGCUAUCAGAAAUCUUGAAACGGAUAAGAAGAAAUUGCAAGAAGAAGUCAAACACCUGGAAGACGAAAAAUCCUCCUUAUCGAAUCAGUCCUCGGAACAACUGGGCGACAUGAACUCCCUGCGCAAGGAGCUGCUCGCGGCCGAGCAGACGCGCAUGGAACUCGAAGCUGACAAGUCGUCCUUGCACGAGAAGAUCAAGUUCUUGGACCAGGACAGGGAGAAGGUUGAAUUGGAGCUGCGGCAGGUGGUCAGAGAACGCGGCGAGCUAAGCUCACAGCUGACGGCAAUGGUGCGCAAGAAGGACUCGCUCAACGAAGAAAUCAUGCGGUUGCAACAGCGACUCGAACAGGCCAGCGAGACUGUCGGCCGACUCAACCGUAGCCUCGAGGACCACGUCAAGGACGCCGAGGAAAAACAGAUACUAAUAGACAGUCUGGAUAAAGACAAGCAGCAUCUCCAAGAGCAGUUGGCCAGCGUCCGCGCCGAGAAAGACGCUUUGGAGGCCGUGCUUUUCGACACGGCCAAUAUGUUGGACGACGCGGAGGCGCGCCGCGCUAAACUCGACCGUGAACUGCAGGACGCGAUGGUUCAGCAGGAGAACCACAAAGGUCAAAUAGCUCGUCUUACGAAGGAGCUAGAGAGCAGCGAGCGCAAGCUCCGCGAAACGAAGAGCUCCAUGCAGCAGUCGUCCGGGAAAAAAGAAGCCGAGUACCAGAGCAUCAUCACCAACAUCAACCGCACCACGGCCGAGAACAUUACCAAGCUUAAGGAAGAAAAGCACACCAUCACAUUAGGUCGUUUAGUGGAUCGGUCACCGAAUUUAAAUGUGACGUUGGCGCGAAACGAAGAGCUCCAUGCAGCAGUCGUCCGGGAAGAAAGAAGCCGAGUACCAGAGCAUCAUCAAUUCAUCACCAACAUCAACCGCACCACGGCCGAGAACAUCACCAAGCUUAAGGAAGAGAAGGAACAACUUCGCCAAACUCUCGAGCAAAAGCUAUCCCAAACGAUAGCAGCGCUAACGAGUGACAAGGAAGCUAGCGAUGCGAGUGCGCGCGAGCGAGAGAAAAAACUUCUGGCGCAUCGCGAUCAGCUCAUACUGCAGCACGACGAAGCGAUGCUGCGAGCAGAGAGCGACAAACAGCAGGCUUUGAUCAUGGCUCAUCAAGAGCAACAAGCGCUGUUAGAACGUCUGGAGGAGGCGAAGCGUGUUCUAGAUUGUUCUCAGAACAAACUAGAACGCGUGAAGCGAGACGCCGCGGCGCGCUCCGACCAGGAUCGUGGUCACAUCAACCAGUUGAAGGAUGAGCUGGCUGCGUUGAAGACUCGUCUUGAGGAGGCCAAGGCGGCAGCAGAAGACGACUGCGCCCGCUUCGAGAACCGCAUCAAGGAACUUCACCUAGAGAAGGAGGCGAGCAACCGCGAGUGCCAGGAGGUCCGCGCGCAGCUCUCGCUGGCUGAAGACAAGUAUGACAACGCGUACACACAGCUGCAGGAUACUAUUAGGAAGCUUAAAGAACUUGAGAACGAGUCGGAAAGUCUCCGCAAGGAGCUGACCGACGUGCGCCGCCAGCUCAGCAACUGCGCGGCCGAGCGCGACAAGUACAACAGCAGCUGCCGCGAGCUGCGCGAGCACGUGAAGCGCGCCGAGCACGAGCGGCGCGAGGCGGCGCGCGCGCGCGACGAGGCCGUGCACAGCGUGGCCACACUCGAAGAAAACCGAUCAUCAUUGGAGCUGGAGCUCUCGCGCCUUCAGAAUAUGCUGAAGGAAUCUGAAACGGGCGGCGAACACGUGACACGAGAGUUGAGAGCCACCGAGGCGCAGUUGAAGAGAGAACGCGCCGCGCUGGAGCAAGCCAAUCAUGACAUAAAGGAGCUUCAGUCCAGACUUCAGAACGAGUGCGAGGAGCGGGAGAGGACGGGCAACGAGGCGGCGGCGGCGCGGCGGCACGGCGCCGAGCUGGAGGCGCUGCUCGGUGCCGCCCGCGCCGACCUCGCCGCCUGCCGCCAGCGCGGCGCCGAGCUCGAGGAGGCCUGCCGCGCCCGGGACCAGGAACUCGUUCUACGUUUGGAAGACUGCCGCUCCAAGGAGCGUCGUCUCGAGGAACUUAAACAUAAUCUUGAAGUGUGUCUCGCCGACGCUACACAGCAGAUCCAGGAGUUGAAGGCGCGUCUCGGCGGCAGCGAAGGGCGCUGCCGCGCGCUGGAGGCGUCGCUGGCGCAGUGCGAGCACGGCAAGCGCGAGGCCGAGGCCAAGCUGUCGUCCAUCGCGCACACGCUGCGGCGCGUGUGCGGCGUGCAGCCCGACGGCUCCGUGCACGCCGCCGCGCGCCGCCGCCUCGCCAGCCCGGCGCGCCGCUACAGCCCGCACCGAGGUCGCGACCACUCUGAAGACCGCAACGAAAUCAUAGACGUGGACCCCGAGCUCGUCAAGAAGGGCGUACGCAACCUCAUGCACGAAGUCUGCCAGAUUGAACGGGAGAAGGAUGAUUACAAAACUCAAGUAGCUGCCUUGAAGAAGCAACUCAAAGACGCAAGCGAGCAGCAAGGCAAGGGCGACAACAAGUUGCAGUCGAUCACUUCCAACCUCCGCUCAGUGCAGGAAGAGAAGGCUCGCUUGCAGAACCUGCUGGGACAGAAGGACGCGCAGCUUACUGGACUGAAUGAGUCAGUCCAGUCUAAGACUGUGGAGAUCAGCAACCUAAGGGACAAGAUCACGAGCCUAGAAGCCACGCUUAGCUCCGUUACCGAAGAGAAGGUUCAGAACGAGAACAAAGGCGAGAAUUUGCGCGUACAGUUAGCGGAGCGUGUGCAAGAAGUCGGUCAGUUGAGGGAGGCGUUGGCAGCGGCUGAAGGGCGCGCGGCGCGGCUGGACGUGCGGCGCGCGCAGCUGGAGGGCGACGUGCAGCGCGCGGCCGGCGCGGCGAGGGACCGCGACCAGGCGCUCAAGAAACUCCAAGAGCGCUGCGAGGGUUACGCUCGAACCAUAGCCUCACUAGAAGACCGAUGCACGUCACUCAAGGGCACGGUGGAGCAAUUAUCCACGUCACUUCAAAAGGCCGCCUCUGCCGAGAGCGAGCUCAGAGCUGAGUUGAGCAAGACUCAGCGCAUGCUCAACGAGGCGAAGAACAACGAGCAAAAUGCGAUGGACAAAUUGAGGCAGAUUCAGAAGAACAUCGCCAAUUGCGAGAACGAGCGACGCGUACUGAGCGAGAAGUUAGAAAGCGCGAAGUCAGCGCUCGUCGAGCUGAAGAGAUUGAACUGCACACUGGAGGAUCAAGUGCACAGGCUUACAACGCAACUAUCCAACGUCGAAGUGCAAAGGUCAGGCUUGGAGUCACAGCUCCGUAUGACGACUUGGGACGGAAAGGAGAGCGCCGACAGCGAGCUCGAGCGGGAGCUGCACGCGCUGCAGCGCGAGCGUAACGAACUGAAGGCUAAGAACGAUGCUCUCCAAGAGACAGUCCGUAAGGUGGAGGCAGAUCGCCGCCUGAACAGGACUUCGGCAUUUCGCAGCAAGAGCCACGACAGGACCGAGAAGACUGUUUACUACUCGGAUUUAGAUUCCGGCCCUGAUUCAACUAAAGACUCGAUGCGUUACAAGGACUCGAACCUGAGCGCGGGAUGUAACGAUAAGAGUUUCCGCGCCGACCUGACCUUGUUGGAGCUGGAGAACAGAGAGCUCAAGAUGAAGAUUAGGCGUAUGGAGAAAGAACUCGCUGAUAAGGAGGCAGAACUGAAAUUGGCGCGAACUCGCUACCUCAGUGACCUGUCCACGGCAUCGCCAACCCGGCGCGAAGAUACCGAUCACUACCGGCAGGCUGCCCUCCAAGCCGAGCGUCUACUGGAAGCCAGAGAGGCCAGUCACCGGCAGCAGAUAAUCAGGCUCGAGAACCAGGCAUCUCAGUUGCGCAGCCAGCUGUCGGCGGAGAUUCGGCGGCGGCAAAGCUACGUGGCCCGCAGCGGGCGCGCCGCUCGCGACGUGCAGCGGCUUCGCUCCGCGCUUGGCGACUCGCUGCGUACUGUUUCGCAGGACCCGGCGCUGGACUCGUACACGCUGGAGCACGAGGCGCGCAAGCUCGACAGCACGCUCGCGCACAGCCUCCCGCCGCUCAACGAUAGCUACGACAGCUCCAAAUAAAACCAUAGCUCUACCGUGGGGUGGAACUGGAUCUUUCGGGCGCUCUCGGCUUCGUUCGGCUCAGCGAUGCUACGACUAAUUAUUAGAGUUGGCAAAACUUGACGUUGAUGUCCAAUCACUAAAUGGAUUCAUAAGUUUCAUGACGCGCUGUCGAUCGUACCUUUUUUGCAACGCAUGCUCCGAGAUACUGGUUCUUUUUCAUCAUUUUUUAUUUACUAGUAUAUUUGAUUCAAGAUUUAUAAAAUGUACUUACACAGUAUUGACACAUAUUUUUUUUGCAUUGUUUAAGAUUAACAUUUUUUUUACUUUUAUGAAGAAUGAUUUCAUCAUCAUCAUAGCCAUAAGACGUCCACUGCUGAACAUAGGCCUCCCCCUUGGACCUCCAUACGUGCCGGUUGGAAGCGACCCGCAUCCAGCGUCUUCCGGCGACCUUAACAAGGUCGUCUGUCCAUCUUGUGGGUGGACGUCCUACGCUGCGCUUGCUAGUCCGUGGUCUCCACUCGAGCACUUUUCGAUCCCGAAAGAAUGAUUUACCUACCGUAAAAUGUCCCUAUAUUACCUACUCCCCACUGGGUGAUUGCUCUCAAACAGUUUUAUUGGAAAUAGGGCGCUUGGCACCGAGUGUUAAAAAUAUAUCACAACCUCAUUUGUGUUACAGCAUGAUAGUAGUGGUGGUCUACUUUAAAUCGGCAUAUAUAUCAAUAUACCACAAUAUAAUAAUUUUAUAUUUCUAAUUUUGGAGUAAAGUAGGGAAAUUUUACGGUAGGUAGGUAUUUUAAUAUUAUGCUAAUGUAUGAUAUAAUCAAGUGAGAUAGUAAAUAACAGUAUUAUGAAGCAAUUGAUCUAGUCAAUAUAAAAGUAGUGCGUUAAAGUUGUGUGAUAUGUGACUAAUGACUAACUGAUUCAUUGAAAAAGGUAUAAUUAGUGGCUCAAGAAAUUGGUGCCAAUGUCAAGAUACAGGUACCAAGGUUGGUACGUCAUUAUUAGGUUCAUUCCAUAAGUAAGCACUAAAAUUAAUAUUUAUUAAGUAUUACCUAACACAUAAGCGGACCCUGGCGCUAGGCCGGGAAAACGCUAGGUCGAAGAAGAUUACCUAACACAUAAUAGGGUAUUUUCCUACUAGUCAAAUCAGUUACUUUUUUAGAGCUGUCAAAACGAUUUGCUAAUAUGGAAUUUAUAUAAAACAUUACAUCGUGACGUCACCUACUUUUUAUAUUUCUAUCCGAUUUAUUAAAUAGAACUUGUGUUUAAAAAUAACUCCUAUCUGUGUUUUUCUAAUAAUUAUCUGGUGCUUUAUUUCAUGCAUGGUGUAAAAUAAUUUAUUUUAAAUACAGUAUAAUACCCUAUUAUGUUGAGAUGGUAACGAACGUACGAGUUUGUUAUGUUAUAAUCCCUCAUGUAGGUUAUCCGAAAAAUUGACUGCGACGUACCUAAAAGAGCAUUUUCACACCUAGUUAUGGUUGGUACAAAAUUUACACUGAAUGUUACGAAAAUGCUUGUUAAAUGAAAACUAAAUUCAAAAAUACAUGUAAAAGCUAUUCAAAAGUUUGACACUGCGUGCUUAUUUAUGACUUAUAUAUAUACAUACUUACUGAGACAAAGCUUGUGAUUAGAAGUCAUUAAAUUUAAAAGGUUAUUUAGUUCACAACAAUUUUAUUUUACUAAUUGUUUUUUAAAAUUGUACUUUAGAUAAUACCAAAGAGAAUUAAGAUGAUACCUAAUACUGAAAUAUUGUUUUUUUUUUAUCUAGAAGGAAACUCGUAUCGUAUAAUAUAUAAUAGAAUGUAGAAACUUUAUAAUAUUAUAUCAAAUAUGAUUUAAUAAGAUGUGUAAAGUCUAAGAAAAAAACAGUGCCCCAGAUUUUGACAGCUGAAGAUGAUGGAUCUGUAAACAAAAGGCGCCAUAUGUUUUAUAGUAACUGCCGUACAGCGCCACCUACAUCAACUAUUUCGAAGCACGAGAUUUUCCUAGACUUUUUAUUAAAAAAUAUAUAUUAUAUUAUAGAGCACAAUAUCUUUAGACAUAUUAUUAUUAAUCUACCUACACUCUAAACCGCUUGUAGAUUUUUUUUAUUUUAAUAUAUUACUUUAGUCUGAUGGAAAACGAAAUAUUUUAAUGAUGUGGUUCUGACCAUGUUUAGACACAAGUGGUCGCAUAAAGUAGACCGGCUUCGGCCUCGUUAUAGAGAUAUCUACCUAAUGCCCAUUUCUGUAAAUAUGAUUUGUGUGACAUUGCCACUAUCUGGCAAGUAUAAGUAGGUAGGCAAAAUUAUUGAAUUUACCUAUAUCAAAUUGAUUAUUGUGCGGUCAAAAUAAAACCAUUCAAACUGCAUACUUGCAAGGUUAGUAAAAUGACGUCGAAAUGUGCGAUAAAAUGUGUGAUUCAAUUCUUGACCGACUGAUGACUUGAACCCCUGACUCAUUGAAGGUCAGCCGGAAGUUGACGGAAAUCAUUUUGUUUGCUGAGUGACUCAUCAUUUAAUCAUGGUCUUUAUUACGCAUUUUUGAAAUGUUUGGGUUUAUUAUGAUUAAGUAGAACAUUUUUAGAAUCGUCAAAACGAUAAGUUACUGUUAAAUGAAUGGGAAGGAAAAUACAAAAUUAUGACGUAGAUACGAGGAGUGAUUUAAUUGCCUCCGUUUCCUAUGAAUUCCAAACGUUUUUUCAUGUAUUGUAAUAACAAUAUUAUCACUACGAUUUUAUUUUAAUUGUUACAGGACAUUAGGCUGUUCCUUGCCUACCUAAGGUAUCUUCAGCCUGUUUAUGCUAAGUACCUACCUACCUAUAUAUAUUAUUUUACAUUACCUACUAUAUCUUGACUCCACCUAUUUAUUAUGCAUAUUGGAAUAAAAACUAGUCUUAAAUGGUGGUAGGUACGCACUGGAACGUUUUCUAUCCAGACUCUUAGUGAGUAACUUGUAGUGUACCUAUAGGGAAUCAGUUUGAAUCUAAUUGCACAACAAUAUUGGUAAAAAUGUCUAGACGCAUCAUAAAUCUAUCUGAAAAUGCAAUGUUUUGUUGUAAGGGAACAAUGAUGAGAGCUUAGUUAUGUCAUAAAAAUUGCUUGAUGUGUUUGUGAUUUAUAAACUAAGUAGCUAUAUAAUGACGAUACUUGUUGACUAUUAUUAAUAUAUUGCGUCAAUUUAGCAGGCAUGGCAAAGUAGCGGUUUUCCUUGAAUACUUCGUGUGACCAAUGGGUUCAUCCAUAUUCUACAGUUUAAUUUAAUUACGUUUAUCCUCUCACAAUCCUAAAACCCCUAAAAUUUCAAUAAAUUAUUAAAAGUUGCAAAUUGUGACGUGUCCAUUUAAAAAAACGACUUUUUAUGUGUCAGAAAGAAGGUUCUAGUCUAAAUCGAUUAAUUCUGUAAUUUUCGCCUUCCUUACGUUAUCUAAGCAUACAAACAUAGGGAAUCCGUAAAUUUUAUCUAGAUGGGGAAUUUCGUGUCAAAGUACAUAGCUUCACUCACUUCAAGUAUGAUAGGUACUGAUAUUUAACCCUUUUCCAGGCCGCACCAAUCUACAACGUUUUCACGAAACAUCCAAAUAUAUUCCAAUUAAUCCAGCUUUGAUGAUUCAUUUGAAGAAAAGUCAAAUUUCCAGAAAGUGCAAUUUAAUUUGAAUCUUAAAUCGGAAUGCUAAAGUUGAAAUUCUAGUGGCGCGUAUGUGGUCGAUAAAUCGUACUAUGCCUGGAAAAGGGUUAAAAUAAUUUCCUAGUCCCUCCUAAAGCCCUACCUACUCACAGCGCGCAACACUAUCUCUGUCAUUUCACGAUACACGAGCAUUAUCAUGCAGUAAAUUACCAGCACUGAUAACCGCACGUCCAUUACGCGUCGACCCGUUUUUCGCUGACCAAUGCAGUUAAUGAACUCGUUAACUUUCAAUAACAAAUAAAAGCGUCGCGCCAGGAUGUGGAUGACCCCAUUGCCUGCUAAGCGACAGAUAAACACGACACGCCGGCGGCCCGGCUCCUGUGCCUUGAUAAAAAUAUAAAUGCAAUAGAUAUAAGUACUAAAGCAAUUGUAGGUUUAGACGAAUCCACGAGCUUUUGAUGUCCAAUUUUAUACUUCAAAAUGUUGCAUUUAAGACCUUGUUUUGAAAGAGCCGCGUGCCCCAGAGUGCACUCGGUCUAAGCGUUAGACCUUGUUUUACUCCACGGGGCGCGCCAACAGAACUGUCAUGUAAUGUAACUUCUUGUAAUCCGACACUUAUUUGCAUUAUAGAUUAGAUUGCUUAGUUAUCAAGUAGGUACUUAGAUUAAGUUAGCAUACUAUGUUAAUUUCCACUGGACUGUGUCAAUUCUUAUGUUACUAGAAUGUCGACAUAUGCCCGCCACAUCACUGCCAUUGUUUUUACUAAUCAGCAAUUUGUACCUACAUUUUGAUUUCGUUGUACAAUGUGGGACACGUUUUAUAAAACUUUUACACCGAUUAAUAAAUAUAGUUGUAGAUGGUAA